UUAUCAACACCAAUCAAUGUGAAGGCUGCAGCCUGUGCAGUCUUCCUGUGCUCAUUCACUUGCACCCUGGCUGCCUGCAAGAUGGAUGUCCAGGGCCGUUUAACUUUAGAUAUAUCGGACAGGGAUCCUCAGGAUGAUUUUGAGCUAAUCCAGAGACUUGGCAGUGGAAGCUACGGUGAAGUUUUUAAGGCCAGGAAUAAAGCUACUGGAGAACUGGCAGCUGUGAAAAUUGUUACAAAAGAACCUGAUGAAGAUUUCUCUGUAAUCCAGCAAGAGGUGCUGAUCGUAAAGAGCUGUUCUCAAAAAAACAUUGUGGCAUAUUAUGGAAGUUACAUGCAAGAAAACAAGCUAUGGAUUUGUAUGGAAUACUGUGGAGGUGGAUCACUACAGGACAUUUACCAAGUGACAGGAGCCCUCUCAGAACUACAGACGGCCUAUGUUUGCAGGGAGACCCUGCAGGGUCUGUCUUAUCUGCACAAUCAAGGGAAGAUUCACAGAGAUAUCAAGGGUGCUAACAUCCUUCUGAAUGACAAUGGAGAUGUUAAAGUAGCGGAUUUUGGGAUUUCGGCUCAGCUCACUGCAACUUUUGCAAGGAGAAAGUCAUUUAUUGGGACACCUUACUGGAUGGCACCAGAGGUGGCUGCUGUAGAGCUGAAAGGGGGCUACACAGAACUGUGCGAUGUCUGGUCUCUGGGGAUCACUGCAAUUGAACUGGCUGAGCUUCAGCCCCCAAUGUUCCACAUACAUCCCCUAAGAGUUCUCUUCCUAAUGUCCAAGAGUGGAUUUCAGCCUCCCAAACUGAAAGAGAAGUCCAAAUGGUCAGCAUCCUUCCACAAUUUUGUAAAAGCUGCAUUAACGAAAAGUCCAAAAAAGAGACCAAGUGCUUCAAAACUGCUAUCUCAUCAGUUUGUGGCUCAACCAACACUCAAUGCUUCCCUCACUCAAGACUUACUGGAAAAACUGAGAAAUCCAGAAAAACACAAAGAUAUUCCUAACCCAGAUGAAGAAGAAGAGGCAGAGGCAUUGCCCACUUUCUCGCGCAUCCUUUCGAAAAAUCGCCACCCUAAAGCCACCCGAUCCUCUUCAGACAUUCAGUUGCACCAGAUCAAUUUAAAGCAGAUGGCAAUAAGUAGCGAAGGAGAUCCUGCAUUAAUAUUGGAUAAAUUUCCUGGCAUGGAUUACGGCCUAAGGGUGAGACCGAUCAGCCCAGCCUCCACAAGGAGCUUUUCAGAUGAAGAUGAUGACUAUGAUGAUGUUGACAUCCCUCAAAAUGUUGAUCAAAGCAACGAUACAUCACCCACAGGGGAUUCCCCUCCUCCACUGCCCCCCAAGCCAAGAUUCCGCACUUGUUCAGCAGACGCUAAAAGAGGCCAGCAGAGACUGCAUGCACCUGCCAAUCUGGUACGCUGCUGUAGUGGCCCCAACAUUCCAAGGAACCCAGCACAUGCCUGGUCUGAGGGAAUAGGGAAUCCACUGCUUGCUGCCAGUUCUGAGCCAUCCCUUUUAUCAUUUGAUCCCUCAUCAGCUGUGCCCCCAACUCUACCCCCUAAAAAGGGAAAGAAACAGACAGGGGUUAUCUUCAAAAAGAUUUUUAAUGGAUGCCCUCUUAAAAUUCACUCUGCAACAUGCUGGAGUCACCCUACUACAAAAGACAUGCAUGUCAUUUUAGGAGCUGAGGAAGGAAUAUUUACUCUUAACCUCAUGGAGUCACAAGCUUCUCUAGAGCUGCUCUAUCCUGCUCGAACAACUUGGGUUUAUUCCAUCAACAAUGUUCUCAUGACUAUAACAGGUAAAGCCUGUCACCUGUACUCACACACUCUCCUUGCCCUUCACGAGCAGUCUCGGAGAGAGCACCGCCUGGUUCAGAUUCCUGCACACAGACUAUUGCCAAGGAGGAAGCUCACAUCAAGCAAAGUGCCAGACACUAAGGGCUGCAAGAGUUGCUGCGUGGUUCACAAUACUAUGCGUGAUAGCUGCUUUCUGUGUGUAGCUCUAGAGGCCAGUAUCCUUCUCCUGGAAUGGUAUGAACCACUUCAAAAAUUCAUGCUGCUUAAGCACUUUGAUUUUCCUUUGCCCAACCCACUCAGGGUUUUCCAGAUGUUGGUUGUACCUGGCGAGCAGUAUCCAUUGGUGUGUAUUGGAGUCAGCAAGAGGUCACCACCCUGUACUAGUGUUCGAUUCCAGACAAUCAACCUUAACUCACUGACCUCCUGGUUUACAGAUUGCGUGGCCGAGAGCUCUUGUUCUGGCCCAAUACAGGUGAUACAAACAGGAUCUGACAGUGUCUUGGUGCUAACUGACAAUACACUAAACUAUGUAAAUCUUCAUGGAGAACCACUGCAGACUUCCUUAUUGACAGAGAUUCAUUUUAAAUUCUCAGUGAAGUCAGUAGCUGUUUUCAGAGACACGGUUCUGGUGUUCAUGGAGAAAGGUUUCCAAGUAUUAAACAUACAGUCUGCAGAGCUUAUAGCUGACUGCCGAGAUCGCAGUUUACGUGUGUUAUCAUCUGACAGCAGGAUGGUUAUUGUAGAAGCUCCACAGUCAAGUCAUGGCAACACAAAAAAUCUUUAUAUCCAGGAAUGACAUUGUCUUCUACCAUAACAAUAUGAACAGUGAGAUUAAACAUAGAAAAGCUCUACAUCCAAGUCCACCAGCUGUAUUACAAGCACCAAGAACUGUUCUGCCCACAAAAUAGACUGAAUGGCUGAUGAAAUGAACAGCUCAACAACUUUUGUGUAACUUUCAUGUAUGGACUUUGCCACAUGGACAGAAUAUGGGAGCUACCAUGUCUGGACGGAGAUUCAAAAUAAUAUUGGGAUUUCAACCCAACACAGGCCCAAUAUGAAGUAUGACAGCUCACCGCAGCCCCUCUGGCAUUAACCCGACUUUCCAGAUUGCCAUUCUAAGCCUGGAGGUUACUGUCUAAAUGUCUUUCCAGUAAAAUCUUUUUAUGCACUUUCACUUA